CUGACACAAUAUUGGUGUGUUAACAAAAAUUCAUACGAAUAUAAAGUAUUAGUGCAUUUACAAAAAUUAAAAAUUAGUUUUACAUGCAAAAAGCCAAAAACUCAAAAACUUGGGGUAAGCAUUAUCCUUCAACCAUUCGAGCCCGAAUCCUAUCCAUAUGCACUGCAUCUUCUGUCAUUCCUCCAUGACAUCCUCUGCAACAAGCUCAAUCGCAGCAUAAAAAUCCAAUCUGCUACACAAAUGGCAGUGAGAAACAGGUAUGUGUCAAUAAGGAGUAGCAUAGAUGCCGCACCAGAGGAAUCCGACUUCGGAUUUGAGAUCGAAAACAUCUCUCUUUCAAUUGAACCGGCGGGUUCGAAAGAUGUCGUUGUGAAGAACUUGUAUGUGUCGAUUGACCCGUACCAACUGAACCGGAUGAAGUCGCGAAGUUCCUCGCAGCGGGCGGGCAAUGAUUUCUCCGCCGCCAUUGUUCCCGGUGAGAGCAUUGAUGCAUAUGGAGUGGGGAAAGUUUUGGUAUCUGGGAGGGAUGAUAUAGAAAAGGAUGGCUUGGUUGCUGGGCUUCUUAGUUGGGGAGAAUACAGUGUAGUUAAAGAAGGCACUUUGUUGAAUAAGUUGGAUCCCACAAGCUUUCCACUGUCCUACUACGUUGGAAUUUUGGGUUUUAGUGGGCUUACCGCAUAUGGUGGAUUUUUUGACGUUUGUAAACCUCAGAACGGGGAGAAGGUUUUUGUGUCUGCUGCUGCAGGAUCAGUUGGGAAUUUAGUGGGACAAUAUGCAAAGCUAUUUGGAUGUUAUGUUGUUGGCUCUGCUGGCUCCCGGCAAAAGGUGAAGAUGCUUAGAGAGAGGCUUGGUUUUGAUGAUGCCUUCAACUACAAAGAGGAACCUGAUCUCAAUUCGGCUCUUAAAAGGUGUUUCCCAGGCGGAAUCGACAUAUAUUUUGACAAUGUGGGCGGACGCAUGCUCGAAGCUGCGAUUUCCAACAUGAACCCGCACGGAAGAGUCGCGGUCUGCGGUGCCAUCUCCGAAUAUGCGGCGGGCCCCACAGGGCGGGCCGCACUCGACAUGAUUGACGUGAUCUACAAGAGGAUCAAGCUCCAAGGGUUCCUUGCUGCUGAUUUCAUGAAAUCCCAUGCGGAAUUCUACUCGAAGACUAGGGAGCUACUCGAAGCUCGAAAGAUUGAAGUGGUCGAGGACAUCUCCCAUGGCGUCGAGAGCAUUCCAUCGGCUUUCGUCGCACUUUUUCGUGGGGAUAACGUUGGAAAGAAGAUUGUCCAGAUUGCAAAUGAAUAGAACAAGAAAAGAAGUAUAUAGUGUACUUCAUAUUGCUUUUGUUCUUUCCUUGAUGAAUAUUAUUCAUAGUUUUAUUUUUUUACAACUAUCACAACAUUUCUUUUGACAUUGAUUUUAGGUGUCAUAUUAUGAAAAUGGGGUCCUGCAAGGCUUUGUUGGGUUCCGAAGCAGGUCAUGUCCAUCAAACCCCUACACCAUGGGUUCAUGGAGUUCCCAAGGAAAAUGUUUUUUUCAUUCCCUCACCAAAAUGAGAGAAAUUUCGUUUUUCCUCUCCCUA